AUGGAGAAGGUCAUCCUGGCUGCUGUUGAAAGGCAUCUAAAGAUGCACAGUCAACAUGGGGUCAUGAAGGGAAAGUCCCGUUUAACUAAUGUGAUAUCCUUCCACGAUAAGGUCACCCGCUCAGUGGAUGAAGGGAAGGCGGUGGAUGUGGGGUUUCUGGAUUUCAGUAAGGCUUUUGGUGCUGUCCCUCACAGCAUCCUUCCGGACAAGUCGGCCAGUUGUGGGACGAGCAGGUUGACGGGGCGCUGGGUGAAGAACCGGCUGGAGGGCAGGGCUCAAAGGGCUGCAGUGAACGGGGCUACAUCUGGCUGGCGACCGGGCAGCAGCAGCGUGCCUCAGGGCUCCAUCCUAGGGCCAGUGCUGUUCAGGGAACUGUCACCGCUCCGAGAUCUGGAUGCUUUGGGCCACUCUGAGGAGGGAAUAGAAGCUGCCAAGUCCCAGAAUAAAUCUCUCCGAAACCAAAAAACAAAAAGUAAUCCUAGUGACCCCAGUGGCCAAGCCCCUGCGGAGACUGAGGCUCACGGCGAGCCCUCGAGGACCUUGGAGAACAGGUCCGUGCCACCCCCAAAGGCACCCGGGAAGCGCGGGCGGAAGUCCAAGACGGAGAUGCUGCUGCUGAAACUGUCUCAGGACCUGGAGUGCCCGGCCCCGGAGCCCAUCUGUGUGCAGAAGAUGCUGGGGAGCAGCAAGGCAGCGGAAGGGCUGGAGACACCCCCCGGCGGGCGCCCCAAAAGGCGGGCAGCCAAAGUGGCUUUGCUGUACCUGCAGGAGCUGGCAGAGGAGCUGACAUCGGUGUACCAGCCUCCGGCUCCCACCGAGGGUGCCCAGGAGCCGGAACCAGAGCUUGAGCAUAUCCAGAAGAAGCGUCGGAGCCGGAGGAGGAAGGAGGAGGAAACUGAUAGUGAUGAUCCUGCACGAGAUGCUGACUUCGUGCCCUCGAAGGAGGUGUUGCUGCAGGCGGAGGAGGAGGAGGGGAGUGACGCACCACUCAGUGAGGUGUCAGAGCCAGAGAUGGAGGCGCUUCGAGGACACGGUGGGAAGACGUCAUCUGCAGGGAGAUCCAAGCCCCAGUGCCGAGGCCUCGCUCCCAACGGCUUCCACAACUCCAUCAUGGCCCCAGUGGAGAAGUGCUCCAGCCUCACCUGCAGCCUGCGGGAUCAGAAGUACUCACAGUGGGAGUUUCCCGACUGGAUCCCUUUGGCGCACAAGUGGACGUGUCUCUCUGAAAGCGAAGCUGCCCCGUACCUGCCAGCAGAGGAGAAAUCUCCCCUCUUUUCCAUCCAGCGGGAGGGCAUUGAAGACGACGGUGUCUUAUACAGAGUAAACAGGUUCAGCUCCCUGCAGCCCCAUGAGGAGCGCCUGGACAUGUCCUUCUUCGUUGGCGGCCCUGUGUGGGCGAUGGAGUGGUGCCCGUCCCCGGAGGGCUCAGUGGCCUCUCAGUAUGUGGCUCUCUACUGCCAUGGGAGCAUGGAGGAGACGCACAGCGUGGCUGGGCUCCAUGGGGGCCCUGCGCUCCUGCAGCUCUGGGGCCUGGGCACGCUGCAGCAGGAGCAGGGCUCUGUUGACAAAGCCGGGCUGGCCUACGCCAUCGCUGCUGAUCACGGCUGCGUCUGGGACAUGAAGUUCUGCCCUAGCGGUGCCUGGGAGCUGCCCACUGCUGCCAGGAAGCACCCGCAGAUGAGCCGGCUGGGCCUGCUGGCCGUGGCCUUCUCGGACGGCAAGGUGGUGCUGUACUCCCUCCCGCACCCCGGGGCCCUGCAGCGGUCCAAGAGAACCCAGGUAAAAGAUGGCUCCUUCCACAAGCACAUUAUCUGCAAGGUGCAGUGUAUUGCCACACUCCAGGUGGGCUCUAUCCAGGCAGGGAAUGUGUCCGAGUGCGGCCAGUGCUUUAGCCUCUCCUGGAUGCCAUCCAAGCCCCAUCAUCACCUUGCAGCUGGUUUUUAUGAUGGCACUGUGGCCGUCUGGAACCUGCUCACCAAGUCCCUCCUGCAGUGUGUGCGCCAGCCCGAUGGCUCCCUGAAGCUCUACCCCUUCCAGUGCUUUCUGGCCCACGACCACGCAGUCCGGAGCAUCGAGUGGUGCAAGGCCGACAGCAACUUCCUGGUCACGGCAGGGAGCGACCGUAAGAUCAAGUUCUGGGACCUGCGGCGGCUCUAUGAGCCCAUCAACAGCAUCAAGCGGUUCCUCAGCACUGAGGUGGCCUGGCUGCUGCCCUACAACGGGGUCACCGUGGCCCAGGACAACUGCUAUGCCUCUUACGGUCUCUGUGGGAUCCACUACAUUGACGCUGGGUACUUGGGCUUCAAGGCUUAUUUUGUGGCCCCUCGCAAGGGGACCGUGUGGAGCAUAUCUGGCUCGGACUGGCUGAACACAGUGGCUGCGGGAGACAUCACCGGCGAGCUGGUGGCUGCGGUGCUGCCUGACCUGGCCAUCAACCCCCUCAACGUCAAGCGCUCCUCAGACCGCAGAUUUCCGGUCUACAAAGCUGAUCUGCUGCCCUGCAGCCCCGCUGGGUUGGAGGGCGGCGAGCAGGAGCUGCCGAAGACCAGGCUCUACAGCGAGAUGGUGACCAAGAGCUACAUCCGAUUCCAGGACACGGACCUGCGCAGCUUCAAGAACUUCCCCAGCCGGGAGCCCAUGCGCAGGAUGCACACGCAGGAGGUGAAGGCAGAGCUGAGCCUCGACCGCCUGCAGCUGGAGUCCCUGCACAAGGUGCGCUUCAGCCCCAACCUGGACUCACACAGCUGGAUGGUGUCUGGUGGGCAGGCGGGCAUCGUGCGGGCGCACUGCCUGGCGGGGCUGGCCUCCGGCGUGGGCCGCCAGCUGCUCCUGGAGCGCCGUGCCCACUUCAGCUCCCUCUACGGAGACAAGCCCGGCAGCCCCGGUCCCGCCGAGCACUCCCCACUGCCAGCAGAGUAGCGUGGUGGAUCCCUCGUGCUGCUGCCACACGCGCUUGCCCUGGGCAGGAGCUCAGGCCAGGGGCAGGCUGUGCUGUCCGGGGGGGCUGUGUGCCCCCCUCUUGGUGCUUGUUACCCUCUGGGCCCCCACCUCGGGAGAGGGACGGCUGCUCCUGGCCGUCACCUGGGAUGCUCAGGACACUUGUCCUCAUGCUCUGGGCCCGGAAGGAUCCUUUCGCGCUGUUUGGUCUGAGCUGGUGCAGGGUGGGGGGCAGUGGGACCGGUGCAUGUCCCAGGGUUGAGCUGUGGGUCUCGGGGCCCGAUGCUGGGGAAGCACCCGUAGGCCCCCACCUGUGUGGGGCUGUGCUUGCUCUCGCCUCCCCCCCCGUUGUUGGCUGACACCCCCGCCCCGUGCAGGUGCAGGCAGGGGCGC